AUGACAAGUUUAGAUGAUACAAUCAUUUCUCGUCAAAAUUUGAUGCUUCUAGAUAAUGUAACUAACUAUCAAAAACCAGCCAUAGAUUAUUUUCAUCAUGAAUUCAAUGAUGACAAGUUAGAAAUUCCAUUAAGUUGGACACUUCUAUUGAAAAUGAGGAAACAUAAAUUAUUAAGAUUACCAAGUUGUUCCAUUGAAGAUGAUAUGGAUUAUAACAUUUAUCUAGUCAGAUUACACCAUUGUCUUUGGAGACGUUGGUCCAUAAAUUAUUAUCAUCUAGAUAAAUGUAAAUUGGACCCUCUUUCAAUUAAUUGGAAUAAGGAAACUGAUGUUACUGUAUUAUAUGGUCCUGAUUUAACAGAUAGUAAUAAUUCAAUACAAGAGGAAGAACAUGAAUUUCAAGAAACAAAACAAAAAUUCAAUAAAAAUAAUACUAAUAAUAACAUUCAUAACAAACUAAUACGCCAUGAUGAAUCAUCUUCUUCCAGUGAAGAUGAUGAUGAGAGUAAUGAUGACGAUACAAUAAACGAUCACUCCUAUCUCUCAUCUUCCAUAGAUUCAAAUACAUCUUCCAUAUUUGAUGCCACAACUGUAAAUAUUCAUAACGAUGACCAAACUAAGGAUCAAACAUCUGUCAAUUUCAAUAUCGAUCCAACAAAAUGUCAUAAAGUGAAAAGUAAUACAAGUACUUCAAGUACAGAUUCCUCAACGUCAAUAAAAUCAGCCAUAUAUUCUAACUCAAAUGCAAAGACAAAGAAAGGUUUGAAAUUCAGAGACAGUGUCCUAAGAAGAGAUAUUGAUAAACAUGGAUAUUGUCAUGAAUCUAAAGUUAAAAUCAAUGACGUCUAUGCUAUUAGAGAUAUGAACUUGUAUGAUUUAGGUCCAAGAAAUAUACAUCUCGUUUCGUCCCCAGAUAAACAUCAACAUCAACAUCGUCAUCAUACCGAUAAUUCUAGUAGUAGUAGUAGUAGUAAACAUUCCAAAAGUGACAAAGAAGGAAAGAAACAUAGACAUUCAUCUUCACACCAUAACCAUCAUGAUCAUAAUAGUCAUCAUCAUAGCCAUGAUGAAAUUGAAAGAACAUAUUCAGAAUUUGAUGAUUAUUACUUCAAAGAAAAGGAAGAGAAAGAAAGAGAUUUUAGAAGGAAAUUAUCAGAUUUAAACAACGAUAUUCAAACUUCGAUUUAUUCAACAUAA